UUUGACAUAUUAUUUUUAAAAAUGUCUAAAAUGCAGCAUCAAUUUUGGGUAACGAAAAAAUGUGUUUUACGUAAAUUAGGCUCAAAAGAAGACGAAUGUGUUGUUUCAUCAGAUGCAGAACUCGAUGCUAAAUUAGAAUUAUUUCGAUCUGUUUCUGAAAGUUGUGUUCAAUUGCAACGAAUUAUUGAUAUUUUUCAAGAACGUCUAUGCAUAUUAGCUCAAGAAGAAAAUGCACUUGGUCGAUAUUUAAAGGAAAGUAGUAAAAAUGAGCGAAAUACUGAAGUUGGAAAAGCAAUGAAUGCGGCUGGUAAAGCUGUAGCAUAUGUUGGACACCAAAGAUUGGCUUUACGACCAUCAUUAGUUCGUUUACAUCAUGAAGUAGAAACGUUUCGAGGACGUGCUAUCACAGAUUCACGAGCCACAGUGGCUGCAAUGGAAAAAUCUAGGACUGAAUAUCGAGCUGCUUUGGGUUGGAUGAAAUCAGCUUCGGCACAGUUAGAUCCUGAAUCGGGUGGUUUAAACGGUUUUCGUAAAGCACAGGCACAAGUAAGAUCUUCAAAAGCAAAUUUUGACCGAUUAACAUUGGCCUGUUUACAAAAAGUUGAUUUAUUAGCUGCAGCAAGAUGUAAUAUGUUUUCGCAUGCGUUAGUCUUAUAUGAAAGUGCAAUGGUUAAUUUUGCAACAAAAGUUGGACAAGUAUUAAAUGGAGCAAUUGGUAAAAUAAAUACUACACCACAAUCUGAGAAUAUUCUGGCGGAAACAUCUGAAUCACAAGAUGAUCAAUUAUUUUUUAAUGCUGAAUAUUUUGAUUCAAUACAGAAAACACAAGAAAAACCAUUCAAAACCUCUCAAGAUGAAUUACUGUUAGAUGUCGAAGCUACAAUCGAUUCUGAAAAAGAAAGUGAUUUAUUACUUGGUGAUGUAAAUAAAUCAACUUCGAUGUUAGAUGAAACGUUAAGUCUAUUGCUGGAAGAUAAUAGCAACACAGCAACAGAAAAAAAUGAUAAUAUGUCUAGACAACCAGCUGAAUUUUUGCCGUCACAGCUACUGCUACAUAAAUUGGAGAAUAAACCUUUGGGCAAUUCACAAAAGAGUGUUGGUAAUAGUGAUCGUGCUGCUUGGUUUGAUUUAUUUGCUGAACUUGAUCCACUCUCAAAUCCUGAUAAAUUGUCAGGUACUCAUAAUGAACAUGCACCAGCUUAAAAAGUACUUAAUUUUUUUCGUUUUCUAAUACAUUUCAGUGAAAAACAUUUAUCUCGCCCCAAUCCUGGAGCACGUUACAGUAAAACUGCACAUACACGAAUAUCGAAAUUUCACAUAUGAAUCAAUACUAUUUAACGGUAGGCACAAUAUGGAUUAGGUGUGCCAAGGUUCAGAAAUAUUUUUAGUCAGGAUUUUUUAAUUUUUUACUGAUGUGACAGAACUCAAAACGAACGAAAUUUAAAAAAAAAGUAAUUUCGCGAUAAGGGUAAAAUUUUAUUGGCUUUAUAUAUUAAAAAUCGGUGCAACAGACCUUUCUGCCACAACAAGAGCUGUCACACCAAAUUUUCCUGAAAAUAGAUAAAAUUUGCUAUAAAAUGGUCUCUUAGAAAUUAAUUUCCAUGAAAGUGCAAAAUACUUUUAAUUAUUAAAAAUAUAAAAAUUUAUAUAAAAUAUUUCUGCCAGAAUAAACCCUAACACACCUAGUCCAUAUUGUAACUAUCGUUAAAUAGCAUUGAUUCAUAUGCAAAAUUUCGAAAACCGUAUAAGUGCAGUCACGGGCUCCCCGCUUAUUAUAGUUCAUUAAUAACAUUUCAAUAAUAGCGCCCGGCUAAAUAAAGCUACCAAAGAAAAUUUCCUUCGAAUUUUUCAUAAACUAUUAAUCAGAGACCAAAAAAGACGUAACACGUAAAAUUAUCUGUAAUACUUCGUUUAAUUCAUCCUCAGUUUUAAAAAUAUUCGAAGUUUCGACAUUCCCAUUCUUAAUUAAUUAAUAUUAAGGUUAGUCAUUAUUCUUUUUUCAGUAUUAAGGAUUUAUCAUUGAUAAAAAAAAAAUACACCCCUAGAAAUUCUUUUGUGGUUUAAUUGUGUUAGCCCACAAGCUUUCCCCUCUGGAACAUUUUCUAAAGUGAAGAAUUAAUUUUCCUAAUAUUUUCUUUCGAAUUUUAUAAUUAUAUCAAAUGACAUUCCCACCGA